AUGUAUAAGAUGAAACUUGUCGCAAACUCUUUUCGCAGACCGCUUGCCUCAUUGACUAAACCGACGAAUUCACCGUUUCACCUCAGACCGUACUCUAUUACCAGGAACUAUAUCAUUAUGGGAGCACCUCAGACGAGCAAGGCUAUCAUCAAGAUUGCGCCGGGCAAGGCAGCUAUUCAAGAGCUGCCGACCCCAAAAGUUCGCGAUGGACACGUAAUUGUCAAGACAAAGGCCGUCUCUAUCAACCCUACCGACUGGAAGAGCCUUCACAACGAUAAAGAAGCAACAAUUGGCACAAAACUUGGAUGCGAUUUUGCGGGUGAAGUGGUUGAGGUCGGUGCUGGAGUUAGCAACUUUAAAGUCGGUGAUCGAAUUGCUGGUCUCUCUCCUGGAGCAAACAUUCUUCAGAAAGAGGAUGGCUCAUAUGGAGAGUACCUGCUCACUCAGGCAGAUGUCCAAUUCCACAACCCAUUGAGCGAUGAAGAGGGAGCGACUCUGGGAGUUUCAGUUUUCACAGUUGGCCAAGGUCUAUACCAAAACCUGAAGCUGCAGCUACCCACAAAUCCCAUCACCACACCUACCCCAAUUCUCAUCUACGGUGGAAGCACCGCCUCCGGUCUCUGGGGCAUCCAGUUCGCCAAGCUCUCCGGCUACAAAGUCAUCACCACUGCCAGCCCCCGAAACUUUGACUACCUAAAGUCUCUAGGAGCCGACGCCGUCUUCGACUACAACUCACCCACCGUUGUUGGAGACAUUAUUGCUGCUGCUGGCGGCGAGCUGGCCCUCGCCUGGGACUGCAUCUCCGAAGGCGAGUCGUUCAAAAUCAGCGCGGCGUCCAUCUCGCCAAAGGGCGGGAAAUUAGGCCUGCUGCUCCCCGUCAAUGUCGACGAGGUCCACGCCAUCAACCCCAACAUUGAAAGCGCGGUGACCAUGGCCUACAGCGUCUUUGGACAGCCCUUCCAGAGAGGCCUUUCCAGCGAAGGGAGCCCCGAAGACAACGAGUUCGCAAACAAGUUCAGGGACAUUGCGGAGCCGCUGCUCCGAGAGGGUAAGCUCAAGGCUCCCAGGAUCGAGGUCAACCGCGGCGGCAGCGGCCUUGAGGGCGUGUUGGUGGGCUUGGAGGAGUUGCGCCAGGGCAAGGUCAGCGGGGCAAAGCUCAUUUACACGAUCUAG